CCCACCGUCCGCAUUUCCGAUUCACCAGGGGUACGGUCAUGCUGGCGGUUGCUCGUCUCGGGAUGAGCCGUCAGCGGCUUUCGCCAAACUCCCGCUGAACGUUUCUCAUAUUAGCCGUAGAGUCUCCAGCUCCCGAGCGAGAGAGAAAGAGAAAGUCGAGCGUGCGACAUCUCUCCCCUCAGUCUCUCAGUCUCUCUCUCCCUCUCGUCUCUCUCUCUCUCUCUCAGGUGACGGAGUGACACCAUUUGUCAGGAUGGGGAUUACGGGACAUCCACCUGUUGUGUCCAAGUCCAGCCAGGAGGAGAGGCCCAGAAGACGCAGUGUCAACCCUUUCAACAGCAUAAAGUUUUUCGUUCUGUGUCACGGACUCCUGCAGCUCUCCCAGCUCCUGGUGUCUGGGUACAUGAAGAGCAUCAUCUCUACCGUUGAGAAGCGAUUUGGGAUGACCAGCCAGAACUCGGGGAUGCUCUCCUCCCUCAAUGAGAUUGGGAGCACAGUGUUCAUCAUCUUUAUCAGUUACUUUGGGAGCCGGGUUCACCGGCCACGGCUGAUUGGCUGCGGAGGGAUCGUGGUCAGUGUGGCUGCCUUCACCAUGGCCCUUCCCCACUUCCUCAUGGGUCGCUACACGUACGACCGCACUCUCUCAGACCGUGAUGACGGUUUUAACGAUACCUGCCAGUUGGCGUCAACGGCUCAGCAACUGAAGAAUGAGACCUGUGAGACGGGCAGUAUUCAAAGUGACCACUACAUGUUGUCCCUCCUGAUGGUCGGACAGCUGCUGUUGGGAGUUGGUGGAGUCCCCAUCCAGCCCUUCGGGAUAUCGUACGUGGAUGACUAUGCCAGCAACAGGAAUUCUCCACUGUAUCUUGGGAUUUUGUUUGCCGUGACUGUUCUGGGCCCUGCCUUUGGGUUUGUGUUGGGUGCAUCUGUUCUCCGCAUCUUCAUUGACAUUGACAAGAUAUCAGCAGAGGACAUGGUUCCGAAGUUUGGAGACCCUCGCUGGUUGGGGGCCUGGUGGUUAGGCUUCCUCAUGGCAGCCAGCUGUGUCCUCAUCUUCUCCCUUCCUUACUUCUUCUUCCCAAGGGAGAUGCCCAAGGAGGGCUCCAGGGAUCACCAAAGUGAGGCCAACAUGGAAAAAAAAUUGGACGAGACUAAAGCCAAGCAGAAAGAUGCAAUGGAGAAUAUGUCAUUGUUGCAGUUCAUCAAAAGCUUCCCCCGUAUCCUGGUGCGGACUCUGAGGAGCCAGGUUUACCUGAUGGUGGUCUUGGCCCAGGUGUGUCUGUCGGCCCUGAUGUCUGGCCUCAGUGUCUUCAUCUCCAAGUUCCUGGAGCAGCAGUUCUCCGUGACGGCCUCGUUUGCAAACCUCUUGAUUGGAAGUGUUCAUGUCCCUGGGGCUGUGCUGGGCAUCCUCGUGGGGGGGAUGAUCAUGAGAAGGCUCAGCAUCACUCUCCGAGGCUCGGCUCUAAUGUGCUGCCUGGCCAUCUUCCUGUCCAUUUGUGCCGCCGCUCCGCUCAUCUUCCUCGGAUGUGCCACGCAGAAGGUCGCAGGAGUCAACUACCCUCUGAAUAGCACAUUGGACAUUAGGAUGAGCUGUAAUCAGGGAUGUUCUUGCCGGGAUCAAGUCUACAACCCCGUCUGUGCUGGCAAUGACAUUGAGUUCAUCUCUCCGUGUCAUGCUGGUUGUCAGAACGUUGUGCUGGAUGGUCAAAGAAGAGUUUCGGCUUACAGCAACUGCAGCUGUGUUCCUGACCGAUUACAGGUGCUGCCGGGCACCUGUCGUACGGGGUGUUAUCACCUUCUCCUGCCCUUCAUGUUCUUCCUGACGCUGACCGGUUUUGUGGCCACGCUUUGCCAGACGCCGUCAUUCAUGCUGGUGCUGAGGUCGGUGAAGCCUGAAGAUAAGUCCUUUGCGAUAGGAAUUCAAUUCAUGUUAUUCCGAGUUCUAGCCUGGUUGCCUGGACCAGUCCUCUAUGGAAGCACGAUCGAUAGCACGUGUAUCCGAUGGGAGAGCAAAUGCAAGACCAAGGCAGCGUGUCGAUACUACAACCUUGAUCUCUUCCGAACUCGGUACAUCGGGCUCCAGAUAUUAUUCCAGUGUGCUGGCUUCCUGUUCUUCCUAAUGGCCUACUAUUUCCUCCAGAGGAACUUACUGAGACAGGAGAAGCAAGAGAAGCCAUUGACUGAAAUUCGUCCUCACCCAAAGGAGGUGGAGGAGAGGGAGAUGCUGAUGGAUCAGGGCUCUAACGCCAUCUCCCAGCCGAAGGUGUGAGAGGACAUCCAGACGCAGCUGGUCAUAUAAUCUGUAUAUAAUCUCCAGUGCCAGCAGCAAGAGGCACUCAAUUUCUGUCAAUCCCAGACAGCCCCCACUGUCUAAUAGUCUGUGAUAUGGUAUUUGCCCCAAUGUUCCAUCUUGGGAGAGAACUUUGUGAGGAUAAUCUCUGAGGAGACAAAGGGAAACCACCUCUUGUUCACGUGUCCGACGCUGGGUAGGGGUUUCUAUCCCUGCGCAAUUCCCUGACAGUUCCUUGUUGCAUCAGGAAAGUAUCCUGGCUCAAAAAAAAAAGAAUUCAGGGUUUGACACACGCCUUGACCCUGGUUAGUGAAAGAAAAUGCCGUAAACAAUUCCAACCAAUGGUUAGUGACACCGUUAAAGUACAGAUUUAUUUCAAAACAUACUGUGAAAUGCGCUGUUUGCGCUAACAGCCAACACAUCCCAAGGAUGUGCUGGGAGCAGCCUGCAAGUGUUGCCACAUAUUUUGGCACCAGUAUGGCAAACCCACAAUGCUUGCAGUUAGCACAAUACUAUUACAGCUCAGGUUGUCGGAGUGCAGAGAUCAAUUCUGGCGCCAUCUGUAAGGAGUUUGUACGUUCCUCCCCGUGAACUGUGAGUGUUUCCUCCCACAGUCCAAAGGCAACGUAUCAGUUAGUGCGUUAAUUGAUCACUGGAAAUCGUUCCGUGAUUAGACUAGAGUUAAAUAGGUGGGUUGCUGGGUUGUGUGACUCAUUGAGCCAGAAGAGGCCUCUUUCUUCCACGUUGCAACUCUAAAUACAAUAAAUUGAGAAAAAAAACACAAAAUACAACAAGUAACAAAACAGCAGGAAAGUGAGCGCCUUUCUUCCCUCCCACACACAGGGACAGUCCUCCAACUCCAGGACAGGCCUCCAGCCUCCAGUCUCCAGGCUUCGGCCAUUGUGUUUCAAUUUCCACUCUCCUGAUCACCCUUCAGCCUUCGGUAUUGACCCCAGGACCAGCUGACGAUGGGACCCUGAACUCCAGGUUUGAAAUCUGGGCCCGCCGGCUCACCGGCCCUCGUUCUUCCUGCUCGCAAUAGGCAUCUGAUCCCAGGACCCACUGACCUGAAAGAGCCCAACUUCUACAGAUGUCCAUGUUGCUGACCUUCAGCGUGGAACAGAAACUUAGAUUCCAGAUGUUCUUCGUCCCACAACCAUGUCACUAGCUUUCAACUGUGGACCGGAGGCCUAUAGUCCAGUUGUCCUUAAUCAACUGUCCACAUCACUGUGCCUAAAACCUACUCUGAUUUUAAACUCUCACUAAUCCCUAAUCUUACCCCAACUCUCCUCUCUGUCCCCAAAACUAUCCAUACAAACUUAAAAGUGCAAAUAGGACUGAGCCACAGGCUUGAUGGAGACCAAAGUUUGGUGCCAUCUUGACCGAAAUCCUCAAACCUCAAAUCCCUCCAAAAGCUCAAAAGGGAUUGCUUCUGAAAUGGUGGUCAUAUAAUAUUGCCACUCAGAGCCUUGAUACCCGUGAAGGUAUUUGUGACAGGGCAGUGGGGAGAGUGUGCUCUCCCAUGGUCCUAUAGUUGUCACUGGACGCUUUCCAAAAUUACUCAAGUAUACACUGUCCUCAUUGAAGUUAUACCAUCGUGUCUCCCUGCCCAUGGUUUAUCCAUGUGCAUGGGUGUUUGGAUUCAGGUUUAUUUAUCACAUGUACAUUGAAACAUACAGUCAAAUGCAUCAUUUGUGUCAACAACCAACAUUAAAGAAAGAAAGCAAUAGAGAGGUAGUCUUCAUGAGUUUAUGGAAAAUUUAGAAAUCUAAUGGCAGAGGUGAAGAAGCUCUUCCUCAAUCACUGAGUGUGAAUCUUCAGGCUCCUUUACCUCCUCCCUGAUGGUAGUAAUGAAAGAAGAUGUCCCAGAUAGUGAGGUAUUGCCUCGUGAAGAUGUCCCCCAUGCCGUGAUGGAACUGACUUGAGUCUACAGCCCUCCGCAGCCUCUUUUGGUCCCGCACGUUGGAGCCUCCAUGCCAGACAGUGAUGCAACCAGUCCGGAUUCCCUCCACAGAACAUCCACAGAAAUUUGCAAGUCUUUCAUGACAUACCAAGUCUCAAACCCCCUGCUGGUAUGCCUUCUUCAUGUUUGCAUCAAUAUUUUGGGCCCAGGAUAGACCUUCAGAGACGUUGACAAAAGUUGAUGAGAAUUGACAUGUACAUGCCAGAAUGGAUCUUCCGAGGUGAGCUUGGAUCUGCUCAUUCUUUCCAUUGCUGACCCCUCAAUGAUGACUUACAUGUGUACCCUCAAUCUCCACUUCCUGAAGUCCACCAUUGGUUCCUUGGUCUCACUGUCAAGGUGGUUGUUGUGACUCCACUGGACCAGCUGAUCUAUCUCAUUCCUGUAUUCCUGUCCAUUGAGCCAGCUUAUCGCCUGUUUUCACUUUGCUGCUGCAUUUUAUGGGCUGAAGAUGUGCACGAUGCUAUAGAAAUGCAGUUCCUCAUUCCCUCUCUGCGCACACAUGCAUCCACUGAGCUAUCAGCUGAUGUCUUCAACAGUAUUAUGUAGAACACUUGGCAGCAGACAAAAAAUGCUGAAGGAACUCAGCAGCUCAGACAACGUCUAUGGAAAUGAAUAAACAGUCGACAAAUUGUGUAAAUACAAAAAAAAGGCUAGUAAUAAAUAAAUCAUACUGAGAGCAUAAGUAGUAGAGUCCUUGAAAAUGAGUCUGUAGGUUGUAGAAUCAGUUUAGCAUUGAGAUGAUUGAAGUUCAGGAGCCAGACAUUUGAAGGGUAAUAACUGUUCCUGAACCUGGUGGUGUGGGUCCUGAGGGUUCUGUACCUCCUCCCCGAUGGCAGCUGCAAGAAGAGAGCAUGCCCUGGAUGGUGAUAUAUAUGUACUUUGAUAAUAAAUUUACCUUGAACUUUGAUAAAUACCCAACUACACAGAAGGGAUGGUAGAAAUGGAGGAUGUUAUUGAGUGAGCUAGGGAGGGAGGCGAAGGAGAGGUUCUCCCCAACUCUGGACCCUGCUGUCUCAGAUCAUAGUUCUGUACACCACCCGCCUGCUACUGACCUUCAAGAGAUCUUUGCUCCACAUGUUAUGUGUUUCUGCUGCAAACCCCAAUCUUGGAAUGCUGCCUUGGAAUUUAAAACUCAAUUUCCUUUGUAUAUAGCACAGUGAACUUUAGACCAUGUUGAUCACAGCAAAGCAUUAAUUCCUCUUUUAAACUUUCAUGAACUGUAUUGCUUACAGAUGUAUUUUAGUACAUUUAUCAUUCAACU